ACAAUGCAUUACCCGUCUGCAAGCGUGCCGUUGAACAAAUACGAAAUGCGAGAACAUCGUUAUUGCGCCACUGGACCUUGUUCGCUCAGUAGUAUAUGAUAGUCAUGCCAUUGCUUUCGGUCGGUAUACGUUCACAUUUGCGUUCACAUAGAAGACAUCGAAAGACGCUGACAAAAUAUAUCGCCUUACGUGGACGAGCUAGUGGUUUCGGUGAUCCGCGGUAAAGGUAUCUGCAGCACUCGCGAUUUGUCGGAACGGGAUCGAUAUCAAUCCGCUGAACACCAUUAUGAUCAAAUCAACUUCGUAUGUCGAGACAUGCUGCGUGGUAUUGUUACUGUUGAGUAUGGCGGAAAACUUCGUGAAUGCGAUGACAAAUUUUGAAUUCAUCGACGAUAAAAAGGAUCUGGACUGGUGGCAAACAGCGGUUAUCUAUCAGAUAUAUCCGAGAUCGUUCAAGGAUUUCAAUGGCACCGGGAUAGGAGAUCUUAAAGGGAUCGAAGAAAAAGCUGAGCACUUCAAAGACAUAGGUGUGGAUUGCGUUUGGUUGUCACCUAUUUUCAAAUCACCCAUGGCAGAUUUCGGUUAUGACAUAUCUGAUUUCAACCAGAUUGACAGCACGUUCGGCACGAUAGAUGAUUUUAUUUCGUUGCAUAAAAGACUCAAGUCAUUGGGCAUAAAAAUUAUUUUGGAUUUCGUACCUAAUCAUUCAAGUGAUGAACACGAAUGGUUUAAAAAAUCAGAGCAAAAAAUUGAUCCGUAUACAAACUAUUAUGUGUGGAAAGAUGCUAAAAUUGAUGAAAACGGUUUGAAAAUACCACCAAACAAUUGGCAAAGUUUAUUUAGUAAUUCAGCGUGGACGUGGAGUGAAAAACGUAAUCAAUAUUACUUACAUCAAUUCGACCCUAAACAGCCGGACUUGAACUACCGAAGUAAAGAAUUGGUUGAAGAGAUGAAGAACAAUUUGAGAUUCUGGUUAAAUCUCGGCGUUGAUGGAUAUAGAGUAGACGCUGUACCUUUUUUGUUUGAGGAUCCAGAAUUUCAGAACGAACAGAGAAAACCGGAAGAGAUUGCUUCAAAAGAGAAAAAUACAUAUGAACAAUACAUCCAUACUAAAACGAUGGAUUUGAACGAAACGUACGAUAUGAUAAGUCAAUUUAGAGAAGUCCUGGAAGAAUACAAACGAAAAGACGGAAAAACCAGGGUUAUGAUCGUCGAAGCGUACACGACCGUCAGCAACACCAUGAGAUAUUACGGUGACGUCAACAACCCGGGAGCACAUAUGCCGUUCAAUUUCGGACUGCUGACCAUGCUGAAUGACCACUCGAAAGCCGCGGACUUCAACAACGCAGUGCUCGAAUGGAUAAAAAACAUGCCGUCAGGCGGAUGGCCGAACUGGGUGAUCGGGAACCACGACAACCCACGCGUCGCCGCCCGGAUGGGCCCCGAGAUGGUGGACGCGAUGAACAUGUUGAACCUGCUGUUACCGGGCACCGCGUUCACGUACAUGGGCGAGGAGAUAGGGAUGGAGGACACCAACGUCCGGUGGGAUCAGACAGUGGACCCGAGGGGCCUGAACGCUGGGGUGGACGGUUACCGCCAACUGAGCAGGGACCCGCCAAGGACUCCAUUCCAGUGGAACGCGAACGUUAGUGCGGGAUUCACCACGGGUCCCAAGACGUGGUUACCGGUGAAUCCCAACUACUGGAGACUGAACUUGGCCGAGCAGAAGGAACAGCCGCGCAGUCAUUACUCCGUCUACAAACGGUUGACCUCUCUCAGGAAGACUCGCACCAUGCAGCGAGGCGCUUUCGUUGGACACGUUUUAUCCGAGUGGGUGUACGCGUUCUCCAGAACGCUGCCGGGAGCUGAAUCAUACUAUGUGGUGAUGAACGUGGGUUCCGAAGACAUAAUCGUCGAUUCAUCUCGACUCUUGCCGUCGUCUACUGACCGCGUUUGCAAAGUGCACACUUCAAGCAUCAAUUCAGAACAUUUAGAAGGCGAUUUACUGAAAAUUGACGGUUUCCAAAUGAGACCCAAAUCGGCGUUGGUAUUGACUACCAAUCAUUCAGAUUGAGCGCUCAUCCUCCGAAGUGACAAGUAGCACUUAUUGAAUACCACUGAUAGACCAACCAGUGCGGACCGUUACGACAGCGUGCAUCUUAAAAGAAUUAUUGUAUUUGAACAUUUUAUGUUAUGUUUUUUUUUACUAUUUUUUUGAUUAAUUAAAACGGUGGUGGGUUACACGAACUGGUGUUAUUAGUGCCAACGAAAUAUAUUUAUAAAUGUAGUAUUGUUA